GACAGAAUCACAGGAUGCUCUCUUUUGCAGAUCCCCUUCAGAGUUCUUUAUCCGAGGCAUCCUUGGAUUUAACCUCCUAACUGCAAUGCCUGCUGAUUACAAUGGAACAUGGGAAAUGGAAUCCAAUGAAAACUUUGAAGGUUAUAUGGUUGCUUUAGGCAUAGAUUUUGCUACCCGUAAAAUUGCAAACCACCUGAAACAAACAAAAGAAAUUAUUCAAGAGGGAAACAACUUCAAGACAAAGACACUGAGUACUUUCCGGAACUAUGAAGUGAAUUAUACUGUAGGAGAGGAAUUUGAAGAGCACACCAAGGGGCUUGACAACCGACUGGUAAAGACACUAGUGAGCUGGGAUGGUGAUAAACUAGUCUGUGUCCAGAAAGGUGAAAAGAAAAAUAGAGGAUGGAAACAUUGGAUUGAAGGAGACAAACUGCAUCUGGAGCUGACAUGUGAAGACCAGGUGUGCCAUCAAAUCUUCAAGAAAAAAUAAAUGGAUUGUGAUCUGAUACCCCUGUGCAAUGUAUAUUACAUGGUUUGCUAUCCUAUAAAAUAAAAUAAAAUAAAAUAAAA